GGCGGAGGUGUUUGCAUUUCUCCGCAGGACCAGCUCGCUUUGCAGAGCAUUGUCUGGCGAUGGCAAAUUCCUUCACGGCCAGGACCUGGCCCAUCCCCUGAGCAAAAGCAGCCUGGACAUGACCGGCAGGCGAGGGAGGAGGAAUUUGGAUUCCCUUCGGAGACACCGACCCCUCCUCCGCCGGGUACGAGCGAAGCGGGGGGGAAGCCCGGCUCCGGCCGCUCACUUCCCCCGCGGGCAGCCGGAGCUGGACGCCUUCACCCGGGGACCCACUCCGUGUCCCCCCACCGCUGGCUCCGACCCCACCGACACCCACCCCGCCUCGGCACGGCGGGGAUGCAGCAUCUCCAGCACCGGGACGGAUCCCUGCUGCGAUGAGAUCUGAGCCUUGACUUGAAGACCUUAACAAAAAGAUCUGCAGAGAGCGUGUGCUUCAGCCCUAAUAAUAGCAUUAACAAGCAAAACUUGACUAAAGUUCAAAAUUAAGAGAUAAGAUGGCCAUCAAUCGGAAGAUCUGCUUCUUUACUCUCAUAUUGCUUCCCAUGGUUACAGCAACCCAUUCCAACUGCAUCAUUAAAAAGGAGCAAGAGACUUGUCUGGAGAAGAUACGGAGGGCAGCUGCCCUGAACCCUCUCAAUGACUCUUCUCCAGGUUGCCCAGGAAUGUGGGACAAUAUUACGUGUUGGAAACCUGCAAGUGUGGGUGAAAUCGUCUUUGUCAAGUGUCCUGCACUGUUCAGAUUUAUCAUCUCUGAAGACGGUUGGGAAGUAGAUAACUUGGGGCAAAACCAUGCAGGUGAUUAUGACCUGCUGGAAAGCACAGCCCAGUCUCCCCUAGGUGACAUCAGCAGAAAUUGCACUGAAGAUGGCUGGUCUGAACCUUUUCCUCAUUAUUAUGAUGCCUGCGGCUUUGAUGAAAAUGAAACAGAGUCUGAUAACCAGGAUUACUACUAUCUAUCCGUGAAGGCUCUGUACACAGUGGGAUACAGCACUUCUCUUGUUUCCCUCACCACUGCCAUGGUUAUCCUGUGUCGUUUCAGGAAGCUUCACUGCACUCGAAAUUUUAUCCACAUGAACCUCUUUGUUUCAUUCAUCUUACGUGCAAUAUCUGUAUUCAUUAAAGAUGGGGUUCUUUAUGCUGAACAGGAUGGCAACCACUGUUUUAUCUCAACGGUGGAAUGCAAAGCAGUGAUGGUGUUUUUUCACUACUGUGUCAUGUCCAACUACUUCUGGCUUUUCAUUGAGGGAUUGUACCUUUUCACUUUAUUGGUAGAAACCUUUUUCCCAGAGAGGAGAUAUUUCUACUGGUACACUAUUAUUGGCUGGGGUACCCCAACAAUUUGUGUCACUGUCUGGGCAGUGCUGAGACUUCACUUUGAUGAUACAGGCUGCUGGGACAUGAAUGACAACACUGCCUUGUGGUGGGUGAUCAAGGGUCCUGUGGUUGGAUCAAUCAUGAUAAACUUUGUGCUUUUUAUUGGCAUAAUUGUAAUACUUGUGCAGAAACUCCAGUCACCUGAUAUCGGGGGCAAUGAAUCCAGCAUUUACUUCAGCUGCGUUCAGAAAUGCUACUGUAAGCCUAAGAGGGCUAACCAGCACUCUUGCAAGAUGUCAGAACUAUCUACCAUUACCCUGAGACUGGCUCGCUCUACACUACUGCUUAUCCCCUUGUUUGGAAUUCACUACACGGUGUUUGCUUUUUCUCCUGAAAAUGUCAGUAAGCGGGAGAGACUAGUGUUUGAAUUGGGACUGGGAUCUUUCCAGGGUUUUGUUGUUGCUGUUCUCUAUUGUUUCUUGAAUGGGGAGUUUCUCCCUAAAGGUGCAAUCAGAAAUAAAGAGAAAAUGGAGGAGCUGGAAAGUCAACCGGUAUUUUGCUGUGGAUUUCAAACAUCGCCAUCCUUCUCUAGCGAGCAGCGGAGUGAACGGGGGGACACAACUCUCCAUUCUGAGCAAGAGCAGCUCUCAGAUUCGGAUGUCCAGCAUAAAUGCAGAGAACCUAGCGACAUGAGCAGCUAAGGAAAACAAAUCAAUCAACAACAAACCAAAAACCAUCCCGUUAAAAAGAAAAAAAAAAUCAUAAUUUUGGUGGUGGUGUAG